AUGUCGGAACACGGCAGCGCAGCAACGCGAGUUUUCGCCAUCCCGGAGCUACUCCAGCAGAUACUCAUCGCACUAGCUGAUCAAGUCUCGCAAACUUCUCAAGACGAGCAUGAGAUGGAUGAGUCCUACCACUCUUUCGAGCCAGCCACAACUAUCGCCCGCUGUCGCAUGGUCAAUCGUGACUUCAACGGAACCAUAGGCGGAUCAAACAAGAUCCUCGAGCUCGUGGCGUACAUCUCACCGAAGUGGGAUGGCGUUUGGUCUGACAGGGCACUGGGCUGGCUGCUGCAGCGGCAGCUCAACUUGGACUUCUCUACUGAUGACCGCAACGAGAACUUUGUGCGUUGGGGCAUUGUGGAGCCAGGUUGGAAAUCGCCUAUCCAGGAGUACUUCGUUGAUGUUGUACCAGACGAAGGUUAUGGCAAGGAUAUGUUUCAUGCCGACGAAUUCAUGGGUCAUGCUCUUGCCGCGUACAAGGGAGCUUUCGACGAGUUCCUCCAGCGCAAGAGUACUGUCGAGUCGACCUGGCGAGAUGUCAGGCCAAAGCAUCCGUCCAUUGAAACCAGAGUAUAUGUGCACUUUUGUUGCCGCGACUUGUUUAGAGACAUCGAGCUCGUGGCUCAGGAUACGCUGGGCGAUGUGUUCGACCAAUAUGGCAUCUUCCUGACAGAUACGCUGGCGCUAUGGAACAAGUAG